AUGGCCCAGUGGAGCAGUCCCAGAUUUGUCGAGCAACAACCGGCCACUCUUCGGUCGUCGAAUAAUGUCUUGACGAUCCGACAGGAACCGCAGCGACAUAGGGAUGAUGCGCACAUUGGCAGGUUCCGACGCAAGUGUGCUGCAGGAGGGGAGCAGCCCCAAACUAAGCUUGGAAUCCACCGCGUCUGCGGCACACGACCAUUCGCUUCCCCGAGCUCGAACCCCAGCCCACAGACGCAACGGUUUGACCUCGUGCACGCGGAGAUGGAGCCGGUUUAUGCAGGUGAUGAGGACCCGUAUCUAGGCGCCACACGCAGGGUCUCCGACUUCUAG